AUGGCGGCAGCGCCCGGGCACGGCGGGGAGGCGGCCGAGGCGCGGCUGCGGCGGCCGCGGCGGCGGCGGCGGGGACUUUCCUUCUACACCCGAGUGCUGGAAAACUGCGAGGACGAGGCCAAGUUUGACGAGGAAAAUGGGAAGCAGAGUCCUGCACAGCUCCUCAGACAGCAAAGCCCUUUUCCCGUGAAAACCAGGUCCUGGCUCAUCGGGACGUUCCGGAUGGUUCUGCAGAAGGUGGUGGUGGAAGGGCAGCUGGAGGUGACGGACACGCUCAUCGAUGACAACAACUCUGCCAUCCAGACCAGCGUCUCCAUCGAGAUCCGCUACCAGGCUCUGGAUGGCACGGUGGGCACCUGGAAUGACAAGGAAUUCCUGGAGACUCCCAGCGUGCACUCGGAGGGGGAUGGGAGAUAUUCCCUGGAGACCGACAGCCUCCUGUCCGGCCACCGGCACGGCUCCGACGCCUCUCCCGGGAAAUCCAACCAGCAAUCCACGGAGAGGAACUUCCGGAGGGCUGGAAAAGGAGUUUUCUCAGCCAUGAAGCUUGGAAAGACACGCCCGUCCAAGGAUGAGCACCGGAAACAAGACGAUCCGGCUGUCCUGGAAACAGAAGAUCUGGACAGGAAGGCCAUGAGAUACGGAGCAGGCCUGGAGCCAGACACCAUCUCCCUGGCCUCUGUCACCGCUGUCACCACCAAUGUCUCCAACAAAAGGUCCAAGCCCGACAUCAGGAUGGAGCCGAGUGCUGGGAGGCCCAUGGAUUACCAGGUCAGCAUCACCAUCAUCGAGGCCCGGCAGCUCGUGGGGCUCAACAUGGACCCCGUGGUGUGCGUGGAGGUGGGGGAGGAGAAGAAAUACACCUCCAUGAAGGAAUCCACCAAUUGUCCUUACUACAACGAGUAUUUCGUCUUUGAUUUCCACGUCCCCCCCGAUGUCAUGUUCGACAAGAUCAUCAAGCUCUCCGUGAUCCACUCCAAAAACCUCCUGAGGAGCGGGACGUUGGUGGGGUCCUUCAAGAUGGAUGUUGGGACUGUUUAUACCCAGCCUGAGCACCAGUUCUACCACAAAUGGGCCAUCCUGUCCGACCCCGAGGACCUCACGGCCGGCCUCAAGGGCUACCUCAAGUGUGACAUCGCCGUGGUGGGCAAAGGGGACAACAUCAAGACCCCGCACAAGGCCAACGAGACUGAGGAGGACGACAUCGAAGGGAACCUCCUGCUCCCGGACGGGGUCCCGCCGGAGCGGCAGUGGGCUCGGUUCUACAUCAAGAUCUACCGCGCCGAGGGGCUGCCGCGGAUGAACACCAGCAUCAUGGCCAACGUCAAGAAGGCCCUCAUCGGGGAGAACAAGGACCUGGUGGACCCCUACGUGCAGGUGGCCUUCGCAGGGCAGAAGGGAAAGACAUCCAUACAGAAGAGCUGCUACGAGCCCCUCUGGAACGAGCAAAUCAUCUUCACGGAGAUGUUUCCCCCGCUGUGCAGGCGGAUCAAGAUCCAGAUCCGGGACUCAGACAAGGUCAACGACGUGGCCAUCGGGACCCACUUCAUCGAUCUGAGGAAAGUCUCCAACGAAGGGGACAAAGGUUUCCUGCCCACCUUCGGCCCCGCCUGGGUGAACAUGUACGGCUCCACCCGUAACUACACGCUGAUGGACGAGCACCAGGAGCUCAACGAGGGCCUGGGAGAGGGCGUCUCCUUCCGUGCCCGGCUCCUGCUGGGCCUGGCCGUGGAGAUCCUGGACACCACCAACCCAGAGAUCAACAGCUCCACCGAGGUGCAGGUGGAGCAGGCCACGGCCGUGGCCGAUAACUGCAGCGGGAAGAUGGAGGAAUUCUUCCUCUUUGGAGCCUUCCUGGAGGCCACCAUGAUCGACAGGAAGAUUGGGGACAAACCCAUUAACUUCGAGGUCACCAUAGGUAACUAUGGCAACCAGGUGGAUGGCUCCAGCAAACCCCUCCUGCGGAGGAAGAAAGAGGGAGGGGAUGGGGACGAGGAGGAGUCGGAGCUGCUCCAGAAUUCCAGUGAGGAUGAAGGUGGUGAGGAUGGAGAGCUGGUCUCCGUUUCUUCAUCCCAGCCUAUGAAGCCCCUGGUCACAGACAGGAAUUAUUUCCACCUGCCCUACCUGGAGAAGAAGCCGUGCAUUUACAUCCGGAGCUGGUGGCAGGACCAGCGGCGCCGGCUCUACAACGCCAACAUCAUGGACAAGAUCGCCGACAAACUGGAGGAGGGGCUCAAUGACGUGCAGGAGAUGAUCAAGACGGAGAAGCCGCACCCGGAGCGCCGGCUCCGAGGGGUCCUGGAGGAGCUGAGCAGCGGCUGCCUGCGCUUCCUGACCUUGGCUGACAAGGACCAGCACCACUCGUCCCGCACGAGGCUGGACCGGGAGAGGCUCAAAUCCUGCAUGAGGGAACUGGAGAACAUGGCCCAGCAGGCCACGGCCCUGCGCUCCCAGGUCAAGAGGAACACCAUGAAGGACAAGCUGAAGCUGGUGCAGAAUUUCCUGCAGAAGCUGCGGUUCCUGGCGGAUGAGCCCCAGCACACCAUUCCCGACGUUUUCAUCUGGAUGAUGAGCAACAACAAGCGCAUCGCCUACGCCCGCAUCCCUUCCAAGGACAUCCUGUACUCCAUCGUGGACGAGGAGAUGGGCAAGGACUGCGCCAAAGUGAAGACUGUUUUCCUCAAGCUGCCCGGGAAGAGGGGGUUUGGCCCCGCUGGCUGGACAGUCCAGGCCAAGAUGGAGAUCUACCUGUGGCUGGGCCUCAACAAGCAGCGCAAGGACUUCCUGAGCGGCCUCCCCUGUGGGUUCGAGGAGAAGAAAGUCCCCCGAGGCCAAAACCUGCCCUCCUUCCCACCCAUCAGCCUCUUGUACACCAAGAAACAGGUGUUCCAGCUGCGAGCCCACAUGUACCAAGCCAGGAGUUUGUUCGCAGCCGACAGCAGCGGCCUCUCGGAUCCCUUCGCGCGGGUCUUCUUCAUCUCCCAGAGCCAGUGCACCGAGGUUCUCAACGAGACCCUUUGCCCAACCUGGGACCAGCUCCUGGUGUUUGACAACGUGGAGCUGUACGGGGAAGCUCACGAGAUGAGGGAUGACCCCCCCAUCAUCGUCAUCGAGAUCUACGACCAGGACACCGUGGGAAAAGCCGAUUUCAUGGGCCGGACGUUCGCCAAGCCGGUGGUGAAGAUGUCAGAUGAGCAGUACUGCCCCCCACGAUUCCCACCACAGCUGGAGUAUUACCAGAUCUACCGCGGCAACGCCACGGCCGGGGACCUGCUGGCCGCCUUCGAGCUGCUCCAGAUCGGCCCUGGGGGUAAAUCAGACCUGCCCCCAAUCGAUGGCCCCACGGAGCUGGACCGAGGUCCCAUCCUGCCCGUGCCUCUGGGAAUUCGGCCGGUGCUGAGCAGAUACAGAGUGGAGAUCUUAUUCUGGGGGCUCAGGGACCUGAAGAGAGUGAACCUGGCCCAGGUGGACCGGCCCCGUGUGGACAUCGAGUGUGCCGGGAAGGGCGUCCAGUCUGCCCUGAUCCAGAACUACAAGAAAAACCCCAACUUCAGCACUUUGGUCAAGUGGUUCGAGGUGGACCUCCCUGAGAACGAGCUGCUGCACCCUCCCCUGAACAUCCGCGUGGUGGAUUGCCGCGCCUUCGGCCGCUACACCCUGGUGGGCUCCCACACCGUCAGCUCCCUGCGCAGGUUCAUCUACCGCCCACCCGACAAGACAGCCCAGCACUGGAACACGGCAGGGGAGAUCGUUGUCAACAUGGAACCCGAGGUUCCCAUCAAGAAGAUGGACACGAUGGUGAAGCUGGAAGCUAAUUCCGACGCCGUGGUGAAGGUGGAUGUGACCGAGGAAGAGAAGGAGAAAAAGAAGAAGAAGAAGAAAGGAGGAGGAGGAGGAGGAGGAGGGGAGGAAGUGGAGGAGGAGGAGCCGGACGAGAGCAUGUUGGACUGGUGGUCCAAGUACUUUGCUUCCAUUGAGACCAUGAAGGAGCAACUCCGGCAGCAGGAAGCAGCCGCGGCAGAGGCGGAGGAGAAGGAAGAGAUGGAGAUUGGAGAGGGUAAGACUGAUGCCAAACUUGGUGACUCUCCCACAAAAGGCUCCAAGGCUCAGGCAAAGAACAAGGAUAAGGACAAGGACAAGUCCAAGGCACCCAAAGAUGACAAGAAAAAGAAGCAGCAGCCGGCCCCUGAGCCCCCAGAGAAGAAGAACAAGCAGAAAAUCGAUGAACUCAAGGUCUACAACAAAGAGCUGGAAGCAGAGUUUGACAACUUUGAGGACUGGCUGCACACCUUCAACCUGCUGCGGGGCAAGAUUGGGGACAACGACGACAACGCCACGGAGGAGGAGCGGAUCGUGGGGAGGUUCAAAGGCUCCAUGUGCGUCUACAAAGUGCCGCUCCCCGACGACACGGCCAAGGAGGCUGGGUAUGACCCCACCUUCGGGAUGUUCCAGGGGAUCCCCAGCAACGACCCCAUCAAUGUGCUGGUCCGAGUCUACAUCGUGAGGGCCACGGAUCUCCACCCAGCUGACAUCAACGGGAAAGCCGACCCCUACAUCGCCAUCAAGCUGGGCAAGACGGACAUCAAGGACAAGGAGAACUACAUCUCCAAGCAGCUGAACCCCGUCUUUGGGAAAUCCUUUGACAUCGAGGCCACCUUCCCCAUGGAGUCCAUGCUGACCGUGGCUGUGUACGACUGGGACUUGGUGGGCACUGACGACCUCAUCGGGGAGACCAAGAUCGACCUGGAGAAUCGAUUCUACAGCAAGCACCGAGCGACCUGCGGGGUGUCCCAGACCUACUCCAUCCACGGGUACAACACCUGGCGUGACCCCAUGAAGCCUUCCCAAAUCCUGUCCAAGCUGUGCAAAGAGGGAAAAGUGGAUGGGCCACACUUUGGGCCGGGGGGAAGAGUGAAAGUUGCCAACAGAGUCUUCACUGGCCCCACAGAGAUCGAGGAUGAAAACGGCCAGAAGAAGCCGACGGACGAGCACCUGGCGCUGGCGGUGCUGCGGCACUGGGAGGACAUCCCGCGCGCCGGCUGCCGCCUGGUCCCCGAGCACGUGGAGACGCGGCCACUGCUCAACCCCGACAAGCCGGGCAUCGAGCAGGGCCGCCUGGAGAUGUGGGUGGACAUGUUCCCCAUGGAUAUGCCAGCACCAGGCCCUGCCAUCGAUAUUUCUCCCAGGAAACCAAAGAAGUACGAGCUCAGGGUGAUCGUGUGGAACACCGACGAGGUCAUCCUGGAGGACGACGACUACUUCACCGGCGAGAAAUCCAGCGACAUUUUUGUCAGGGGGUGGCUGAAGGGGCAGCAGGAGGACAAGCAGGACACGGAUGUCCAUUACCACUCCCUCACUGGUGAGGGCAACUUCAACUGGCGCUACAUCUUCCCCUUCGACUACCUGAUGGCCGAGGAGAAGAUCGUCAUCUCCAAGAAGGAGUCCAUGUUCUCCUGGGAUGAGACCGAGUACAAGAUCCCAGCCCGCCUCACCCUGCAGGUCUGGGAUGCCGACCACUUCUCUGCCGAUGAUUUCCUGGGGGCCAUCGAGCUGGAUCUGAACCGCUUCCCCCGGGGAGCCAAGACAUCCAAGCAGUGCAGCCUGGAGAUGGUGACCAAUGAGGCUGAGCUGCCCAUGAUCUCCAUCUUCAAGCAGAAGCGGGUCAAGGGCUGGUGGCCAUUUGUGGCCAGAGAUGAGAACGAUGAGCUGGAGAUCACCGGCAAAGUCGAGGCCGAGCUGCACCUUCUGACAGCGGAGGAGGCUGAGAAAUCCCCUGCUGGGCUGGCUCGAAAUGAGCCUGAUCCCCUGGAGAAACCCAACCGCCCGGACACGUCGUUCAUCUGGUUCCUGAACCCGCUCAAGUCCAUCAAAUACCUCAUCUGCACCCGCUACAAGUGGCUCAUCAUCAAGAUCGUGCUGGCCCUGCUGCUCCUCAUCAUGGUGGCCCUGUUCCUCUACAGCAUGCCGGGAUACAUGGUCAAGAAGCUGCUGGGAGCGUGA